UGAAGUGCUGCGUCCAAGUCUACGCGCUUUUAUGUUAUGUUUUGUGCUUUCCAACUCGACCUCCUCUGCCCGCAAUUUUAUUCUCCUUUCUUUUUUCAAAAUGUUUUCAUAGAAAACUCUCUCUCUCUCUCUCUCUCUCUCUCUCUCUCUCUCUCCCUCCACCGACGCGAUCGGAGCGACCUGAUGAUCGUGUCUUCUUAUUUGAGGUCCACGGGCAUCUGGUUGCUCGCGCGAUUAGGAAGGGGGAUCUGAUCUUCGUGCUUUUCGGCGGGCGAUAAGAAAGGCCAGAGAUCUGCGAGAUCUGCGGCCAAUCGGCAGAGUUCACUCCCACUAGAGGUUCUUUGUUGACAUAUCAAAAAAAUGGCUCCAAGCACUAUCAGGCAGGCAUUAGGAGCAAUGAAAGACCAGACCAGCAUUAGUUUAGCAAAAGUUUCCAGCAAUGUGGCUCCUGAACUAGAUGUUGCAAUCAUCAAGGCUACAAGCCAUGAAGAUGAACCAGCGGAUGAGAAAUACUUCCGAGAGAUAGUUAAUCUUACUACUCAUUCGAGGCCAUAUGUCAAUGCUUGUGUUUCAACCAUCUCAAAGAGGCUAGGAAAGACUCGUGAUUGGAUUGUUGCACUUAAGGGUCUAAUGCUUGUUCAUAGGCUUUUGAACGAUGGAGAUCGUGGUUUUCAGCCAGAGUUCUCAUAUGCAACAAGGAGAGGAACUCGUCUUCUCAACAUGUCAGAUUUCAGGGAUGAGGCUCAUUCCCAUUCUUGGGACCAAUCAGCUUUUGUCCGUACAUAUGCCCUCUACCUUGACCAGCGACUUGAGUGGAUAGUUUAUGAGAACAAACAAACCGAUGCCAACAGUCAGAGGGAAAGAAGAUCAGAUUAUCAUGGUGAAGAAUAUGAAAAUAACUAUUCAUAUAAUGAUACUCGGGAUAGGAGAGAGAGGACUGAAGAGAGAAGGGUGAUAACUCCUGUGAGGGAAUUGAAAAUUGAGAGGCUUUUUGGCAGAAUGCAUCAUCUGCAGCAGCUGCUUGACCGCUUCUUAGCAUGUCGUCCAACUGGUACUGCCAAGAAUAGCAGGAUGGUCCUGGUUGCCCUCUACCCAUUAGUGAGAGAGAGCUUUCAGCUUUAUGCUGACAUAUGUGAAAUGCUGGCUGUCCUGCUUGAUCGGUUUUUUGAUAUGGAAUACCAUGAGUGUGGGAAAGCAUUUGAAGCUUAUAGUAGUGCUGCUAAACAGAUUGAUGAGCUUGCUGCUUUCUACAAUUGGUGCAAGGAUAUAGGAGUUGCAAGAUCAUCUGAGUAUCCUCAGGUACAAAAAAUUACUGAUAAGCUUUUGGAGACACUUGAGGAAUUCAUGAGAGACCGUUCUCGCAAGUCCAAAUCUCCAGAGAGGCGUGAAGAAGCACGUGCUCCUCCUGUGCCAGGGCCACCUCCCCAAGAGGAAGAGAAGCCAGUGGAGCAGGAUAUGAGCAGCAUAAAGGCUCUCCCAGCACCUUCUGAUUUUAAACCUCAAACGGAGGAACCUCCUAAGAAACAGGAGACAGCAGAUUUGUUGAAUCUAGCAGAAGAUGCACCAUCUGCAGAUGCUCAGGCCAAUAAACUUGCUCUGGCAUUAUUCUCUGGGCCGCCUGACAAACAGAAUGCAUGGGAAGCAUUCCCUGAUAACUCGGGGGACCAAGUCACUUCAGCAUGGCAGACUCCUCUUGCAGAGAAUGGAAAGGCUGAUUGGGAGCUGGCUUUGGUUGAGUCAGCUAGCAACCUUUCCAAACAGAAGGCAACGUUAGCUGGUGGUUUCGAUCCACUUCUCUUGGAUGGUAUGUAUGACCAAGGAGCAAGCAGGCAGGUGAUGAGCACCUACACUAGUACUGGUGGCAGUGCAAGCAGUGUGGCGUUGCCUAACCCAGACAAGCUCAAGACUGGGCUGCUGGCAUUGCCUGCUCCCACAGGUACACCAGUUGCUGAGGGCCUACAGGAUCCAUUCGCAGCUUCCUUGACUGUGCCACCGCCUUCUUAUGUGCAAAUGUCCGAGAUCGAGAAGAAACAGCAGAUGCUGGUCCAUGAGCAGAUGAUGUGGCAGCAGUAUGCAAGGGACGGCAUGCAAGGCCAACUUGGGUUGUCCAAGAUUGCUGGAGCUGCACCACCGUCGUAUAUGCCCUACGGCAUGCCUGGGAUGUUCCCUGCAAACAGUGUUGGGUACGUGCCUUAUCCUUAUGCUACCACUCCUUAUUGAAAGCAGUGGUUGUCACCAAACCACUUGGUUUCGACCAUCGGUGAUGCUUGUCACCAUCAUCACUACAUGUUCUUGUUUAUAUUAUUAAGGGGGGGAUUGUUGGUGUUGAUGGCGAUUGUGUAGAGGGAGAGAAAAAGGUAAAAGAAGACAGAGGUAGGAGGGAUGGGGAGUCUCUCUUUCUGGUUAAGUUUUUUAUUUUGUCUUUUUGUUUUGACAGUAUCAAGUUCUGAUGCAGCUUACGAGUUGUUUAGAUAUCUUAAUGUAAAAUUGGUUUUCGAUAGGAA